AUGAUCACUGAAUUUCCUUGGAAGGAGCGUUGGCUCAAUGGUUCUGAAUAUGAAAUUAUAAUCCGCAACUACCAGGACUACUCAGAGAAGUUCAGUUUCCAAAUACUCACAGACCAUCCUACCUUCAUCUACACAACUCCAGCUCAUGGACUUAUGUAUUUUCUUAAAGAAAACACUCUCCGUGAUCUUGGUUUCCCAAGAGUAAAAGGACUUAAAAAGAGAUUCAAGUGGAAGAAAAUGAACUUUGUGACUGCGUUGCCAAAACAUAAGCCAAAAGUUCAAUACUUAGUAGCUACUGGAAGGUUAGCUUCAGUCUGCUAUAGGAUUUUUUACUUGCUUAAUUACUUAUAGGUAGGUUCCCUGUAGGCUCGUAGGCCACUAUUCUCCUCAAUGUCGCUUCACCGCUUGCUUGCCGGAAAUGGCCUUCCACUGUGUUGUUUCUCACUGUACUAGCUGAGAUGCUGGAUCACCAAGCCACACAUCAACUGGCCACCUGAUGACUUAAGCCCAGGAUGCAACGCCUGGCAUUAAGCUAGGAGAUGUUCCCGAUUGGCAAAGAGACAACUUCUGGCACUGCUUGGCUCUCCCUUACCAACUCUAAGUUUUUCUCUCCCAGCAGAGUAAAAAGCAGGUAUUGAAGCGAGAAUGCCAUUGGCUACCCUGAACUUGCGCUCUACAACGCCAGAAAAAAUCUGGCCAGAUAUAGAUCCCAAAUGCUAUCUUCUCUUAUAAGGUACCCGAUUCGCGCAAAUAGCCAAUCGAGUGAGGUCAUAAAAGGGUGAUGCUCGCCAUGCCAUUUUAAUACAUAUCUAAUAUAGGGAUGCAUAUAGUCAUUUUGGAUAAAAAAUUUCCUUUAUUGUGCCAUAUGCUUAAGAUCCAGAAUCACUUUAAGUCUGGAGUUGGUAUCCCAUCUAGGAAACAUUUUAAAGAGAGCUUGCUCCCCUCUCCCUCUGUGAGAACAUAAAAUGAUUAGGAAAUCCCAUUCUGUGAAAAUUAACUUCUCCUUUACAGAGCAAGAAUCUUGAUAUAUUAUAGACUCCUUAUUGAUUUCUGAGAAAAAUGUCCUUAAAAAAAAUUACUUUUAGCAUUUUAAAAUAUUCUGAAAGUCAAAUUUAAACUGAGAAUAGAGAUAAAGAUGAAAUUUUUAGGUUUUCUUAGAAUCUUAAUUAAUUUUUUUUUUAAAAGUCAUUGUCCUUAAAGAUCUUUAGGGGUAUGCGCUAUAACUUAUUAUAAAAUUAAAAUAUUGUGAAGGAGAAUAUUUUGAAACUUGAAAAAAAAUAAUCCUUCUUACUCCCCCUCCUUUAAUUGAUUGGAACAAAAAAUAGAUUUAUCUCUAAAAUUUUUCUUAAAAAAUAUAAAUUGGGCACAAUAGCUUGAUUUUAAUUUAUUUUUAUGAAGAAUCAAAUAAAAUAUUAAUUUAUCCAGUGUGAAAACUUGCUUAAUAACAUUCUACUUGCAUUUAUCUUUUAAAUUAGGUCAAAACUAUUUUAUAAAAAUUAGAAUUUUCAUUUUUAAUUUUAAUUUAUUUUUAUACAAAAUUAAAUAGCAUCUAAUUGCUUUUUAUGUCAAAAUUAAUUUUAUAAAAAUUGUAUUUUCAUCUAUAAUUUAUUUUAAAAAAAAAAUUGAGCGCAAUAAUUUGAAAUUUAAUUUAUUUAAUGAAUAAUGAUAUAAAAAAAUUAAAUCGAUCAGUGUGAAAACUAUUUACAUAACAUUCUACUUGCAUUUUGUCUAUUAUAUUAAGUCAAAAUUAAUUUUAUAAAAAUUAGUAAUUUUAUCGUUAAAAUUUUUUCCUAUACAAAAACAAAUUUUCUUCCAAUUAAAAAUGAGUUAAAGUAAAAAAAAAGUGCAGGUUAUUGUUCCAAUUUAAAGGGAGGGAUUUAGUAACGUAGAAAAAAUUUGCUGACUUACAGAGCUAGGGGAGGUAGUCGUAAAAAGUGAAGAAAAGGAAACAAAUGAUGACAACGAUGAAAAUAUAGACACAAAACAGCAAAAAAUCCCAAGGACGAUUCACCCUUUGAUGCAGGAAGCUAUUAUGUACACACUAGCACCGUUUCGGCUCCCAUUUGGUGAUGCUACUAUGUUUUUCAAUAAUUACCAGUAUCAAUAA